AUGAAUAGAGCACUGGUCCUGGAGUCAGGAAGACAAAUCCAAAAGCAGCUUCGGAAAGUUUUUAGCACCUCAGAAGCCAAGGCCUCUGUCAACCACCUGGCCAAACUGUACCAGCAGGCCUCCUACUCCUACCUGUCCUUAGGUUUCUAUUUCAAUUGGGAUGAUGUUGCCCUGCCUAGGGUGUCAGGUUUUUCACAUGAGCUGGUGAAGGACAAACAAGAGGGCACAGAACACUUCAUGCUGCUCCACAACCAGUGUGGGGACUGUAUCCUCCUCCAGGCUAUGCAGAAACCUGCCCAAGAGGAAUGGGGCCUCAACUUGGAUGCUAUGCAGGCUGCCCUGAACCAGGCUCUCCUGAAGCUGCAUGCCCUGGGCUGGAGGCAAGGGGAAUCACACCUCUGUGACUUCCUGGAGAGCCACUACCUGGGCCAGAAGGCGAAGCCGCUGAAGUGCCUGGGCCACCACCCAACUUCCCUGUGCUAUGUUUAG